AUGUCGGUGGCUCGCAGUCAGGCGGCCGCGUCAGCCUUAAGCCCUGCUCAGGGAGCUCAGAAGAGGCUGGCGGAUGAGCAGUUUCUGCGAGAUGCGGGGAAGAUGCGAGUGGAAGAGGAGCCGAGGCGAGAUCCGAGGAAGAGACCAAUAGACUCUUCGACCGCAGAAGGGGCGAGGAGGACGAGCGUGGAACCGCUGAGUGGGCCAUUGGAGCCGUGGGUGGACAGGGAGCUAAUGUUGAAGUCGUACCACGAGGCCACCAAACGGGUGCUAAAGAUGGAGAUUGUAGAGGGUAUGUUUACCGAGGAGAUGGGGUAA